AUGACCGACCGCUACUCAACCGCCCGAUACUCCCGCUUCCACAACAUAGACAACUACGACGAUGACGACGACGACGACAUCAUAAACCUCAACCUCAAAACCUCCACCGGCUUUGUCAACCCCUCAGCAACAACAUACAGCGACGUACGGCCCGGAUACGGAGGCGGGGAGACCUACGACCAAGGCUACAGCCAGGGCCAGAACUACGGCCCGCAGGCUGGAGAUAAUGACCCAGAUGUCUACGACUACGACGCCGACGUUGACUACGAUGAGGUCCUCACUGAUAAGUCUGUGAAGGUAACGGGCACGGGUACGGGCACCAGCGCAAAGGAUAAGGAUUCUGAAAUGCGCGUGAAGACUACCUCCUUUGAUAAUGGUGAAGGGAGCACCAUCUAUGACCCUGAGAGCGGCGCGUAUGACCAGAUGGUGGAUUAUGCUACUGGUGCUGGGGGGUAUCGGCAUCAUCGGGAGAGAAUGACGGAGGAUGGAGUCUACCAGGCGAGGGAUGUGAAGAGGCGCGGAGAUGGGUCGAAGCAUGUCCAUCGCGAGUAUCAGAACCCGGUUACGGGGACGAGCACGGUACGGGAUUAUGAGGUUGAGUGA